AUGCCUGUCACGCAUCCCAAGGCCAUCGCCGCCUCCUCCAAGAAGGGCGUCGUUGUUCCUCGCCAGGGAAAGCACAUCAGUCGCGUCACCGUCGGUCACCACAAAGCGCUGAACUCCGACCUCCAGCGCCUCAAAAAGGGCCUCAAGCGUGGCGAUGUCAGUCCCAUGCAGCUCUACGCCAUGGUCAAGUCGGCCGUAUCGCACGCUGAGGGCGUGGCGCCCUUCCUCACCGCCAACAUCAACCGCAGGUACCACGUCGAAGCAGACCGCGACGACGGCCGCACCGCUGCCCAGAAGGUUUUUAGCAUCCCCGAGCUUGUCCAGGAGAUCGUCUUGUACCUCGACAUCCCCGACAUCGUGGCCAUGAGCCGCGUCAAUACCCUCAUUCGCCGCACCAUCGACAUAUCGCCCUACAUCAAGGAGAAACUGUCGCUCGUCGACGCGCCUACUGCCUGGGAUGAUUCGAAGGAGUUCUACGCGCCUUUCGCGUCGUGCCUCAACUUCGUCGGCGGCUUCGUCUGCGAGCCUGAUCCUAAUGAGUACCGCGCGCGUAUGGUGCCCAUGGGCAACGUGCUCCUCGUCAAAGCCAAGUUCAUCCUGAGCGACGAGGAAGGCGAAGUCGAAGCCUUGCCUACUGAGAUCGGGUCCGCGUGGCGCAAGAUGUUCAUCUGCCAACCCCCUCCCACCAGCGUCAAGGCGUACGUGUCCUGCUGCAACGUCUACAGCUACGACUACCAGAAGAUGUGCGACUCCGAGGUGUUUGUCGACGAAGGCAUCACCAUCGGCGACUUGCUCGACUCCGCAAAGGAGACGCUGGGCCGCCACGGGGACCACUAUCGUAACACCGAGCUGCGCUUCGAGGGGUACGUGCCGGUUGAUCGUGACGAUGAAGUUCUCGACACCUGGUCGAUGGAGAAGAUGAAGGAGUUCUUUUAG